GAAGUGUUCAGUUGUAUUCGGAUGACAGGUGAGGAAGAGACGGUUCAACCGGUUAGUUUCCCGUCCACCGCAACACCGACAGCUAUGGACGUUCUGUAUCGGCACCGUGUGUUCAGAGUCAGCGGGGACAACAACCGCUCUAAAUAACCACAGAGAGAGAGAGAGAGAGAGAGAGAGAGAAGAGAGAGAGAGAGAGUAAACUGCCCAAAGGAUCAGUGUCACGUCUGUUUGAGAUGGAGAAUUGUGAAGCGUCUGACUGGACAGUGAAUUCAGAGACACGUCCGUACUGCUGCUCAGCCUGUGAUGGCAGUGAGAAAGUGUUGCGGUGCAGAACUAAAGCCAGGAGUCUGUCUUCAUCCUCGGACCACAGCUCCGCCAAGUUCAGGAGAACACAGUCUCUUCAUGGACCCAGUCCCGUCACCACAUUUGGACCCAAAGCCUACAUGCUGAGUAACCCUAAAGGGAUCAUGUAUAUUCAAGAUCCAGCCAGUCAGAGAUUGACAUGGAGUGAGCCACCCAAAAGUGUCCUUGUUAUCAAGAAAAUCCGAGACGCCAGUCUGCUGCAGCCUUUCAAAGAGCUCUGCAUCUUCCUGACACAGAAAAGUAUGAUUGUUUACGUGGAGUGGAAAGUCCUGGAGGAUCCAGCCAUUGCCAAUGACGAAAGCUUCACUUCCAUCACUAAAAACUUUUGCACUUUUAGAGAAGAUUAUGAUGAUAUAUCCAGUCAUGUAGACUUUAUCAUAUGCUUGGGAGGAGAUGGCACGUUACUAUAUGCUUCUUCUCUUUUCCAGGAGAGUGUUCCUCCUGUCAUGGCCUUUCAUCUGGGCUCUCUGGGGUUUCUCACACCCUUUGACUUCAACACAUAUCAGUCUCAGGUCACACAGGUUAUUGACGGUAAUGCUGCGAUCGUGCUGCGCACCCGUCUGAAGGUGAAGGUGGUGAAAGAGUGCAGAGAGAAGAAUGGAGCGAUGGAUGAAAAGAGUCUGAUGAUCACUAAAGGAGACACCGAGCCCGCUCGCAGAACUAAGCAAUAUCAGGUGCUGAAUGAAGUGGUGGUGGACAGAGGUCCGUCCUCAUACCUGUCUAAUGUUGACCUGUUUCUGGAUGGUCAUCUCAUCACUACUGUUCAAGGGGACGGUGUGAUUGUGUCCACGCCCACAGGAAGUACAGCAUACGCUGUGGCGGCUGGCGCGUCUAUGGUCCAUCCCAAUGUUCCGGCAACGAUGAUCACACCCAUCUGCCCGCACUCGCUGUCCUUCAGACCCAUCAUAGUGCCUGCUGGUGUCGAGCUGAAGAUUAUGCUGUGCUGUGACGCCAGAAAUACGGCCUGGGUGUCUCUCGAUGGCAGAAACCGUCAGGAGAUAUCACACGGAGACAGUAUCACCAUCACUACAUCCUGUUUCCCGGUUCCCUCCAUCUGUUUCCGUGAUCCGAUGAAUGACUGGUUUGAGAGUCUGGCCGAAUGUUUGCAUUGGAAUGUCCGUAAGAAACAAAGUCAUUAUGAAGAGGACGACUGACAUUCAACAUUCAACAAACUUUAUGUCCUGUUCUUUUUUAAGAUUUGGAUUUUUGUGUCGGUCAUAACCGCUCUGGACCUGUAUUAGGUAAAUGUCAUGAAAACACGUCACAUGCUCCAGGUGGUAUUUUACCUUUAUAAAGCUGUUAUGGCACAUGUUAGAUGAGGUCUCGUUGAUUAUUUGAUCAGUUUUUAAUAGUACGGACGAGACAGCGUGUGGACAGAAGAGAGAGAAAGAGCGAGCGAGAGAGAUUGUAUGAUAACCUGGAUGUGUCUCAUGUGUCAUCAGUGUUGGACAAUAGUUUCAGUUUCUCAAGUAGUCUCUCUCUCCAGGUCUCCUUCUUCUCAUCAAUCUCAAGGGCUUUUAUCAUUUACAUAUUUGUAUUACUGUAUUCGAUCAGCACUGUAAAAUUGAGUUACUUUAAAUGACAUAUAAAAGGCGAUUUAGGACGUAACUUUGCAUUACAGUAAUGCCUCUUCAGUGGGUGAAUUGGGAGAUUUCACAGUAUGGUAAGAAUUGGUGAAUGUGUAUAAUAUACAGUAUAUUGAUGGUCUUAAAACAAGGAAAAUGUAUUCUCUUGUGUAUAUCUGUGUCUUUGAGAUGUCAGGGGGAAGUAUGACCUGGAUGUGUUCUUGACAGGUUUUGUGACACUUACUUAAUAACUCCAUAUGAAUUCCUUCCAUUAGAACUGUGUGUAGCGUGUAUUGUCAGGUUUUGGCUGGCGGGAUCAUUUAAAGGAAUACAGCAAUAAGUGAAUUUUGUGCCUUAUAUCAUGUAGAGCAUCGCAUCAACUUCUUGUCAUUCAGGGAAAAUAUUCUCUUAUACUGUGUUUAUUUACAGCGCACUUCUAACCUACGAGUGUUUUACAUAUAUCAAUGUAAACAUGAAUAUUCAUAAGAAUGUUUUGGACUUUGUUUAAACCACUGUAUUCUUAAGCAGCCUGUUUAACAGUAAAAUACUGUACGAUCUGUCCAUUCCAGGUUUGAAAGAAUAGUCUUUUUUAUUGUAUAAACAAAAAAAGGUUCUAUGUAUUUUUGUCUACUUGUGCUUUGUAUUAUCGCUAAUAAUAAUGACAUCCCAGUUUUUAAAACACA